AGCGGGCUCUUUGAUGUAGCCUGGCUGAUCGCGGAUCAGCUGCACGCGCUUCAGAUCAGAAAGCCAGCCCCCGGUCUCCGCCUUUGAUGUCGGACGCUGGGUCUGUUGUUGGAGCUGCAGCUGCGGCGGCUCGGGGCUCAGAGCUGGGCUGUGCGGGCUCACACUGACACGGUGAGCGGACCCGCCGCCACACCUCUCACCGACUUUACUCCACGCGCUCCCUUUUUUUCUUUAUUUUAACCAGCUGGAAGCAACGAGCGGACCAUCAGAAUGCCUCGGAGACUGCAGCACACCUUGGCCCUGCUYCUAGCUGCACAUCUCAUCUGCUCAGCUCUGGUCCACGUGAACGCCAUGGAGGAGAGCAGAGAGUGCAGAGAGCAGGAGUACAAGGACCGCUUCGGGAGCUGCAAGCCCUGCAAACAGUGUGACGCAGGACAGGAGCUGUCUAAGGAAUGUGGCUUUGGUUAUGGAGAGGAUGCCCGGUGUGUGCCUUGCCGUAGCAGCCGCUUCAAAGAGGACCGCAGCCUGCAGAAGUGCAAGCCCUGCCUGUACUGUGGACUCAUCAACCGCAUCCAGAAGGCCAACUGCUCCACCACCAGCAACGCUGUGUGUGGGGACUGCCUGUCGGGAUAUUACAGGAAGACUAAAUUAAGUGGAUUUCAAGAUAUGGAGUGCAUACCAUGUGGAGACCCUCCACCUCCCUAUGAGCCAAACUGCAGUGGGCGUGUGAACCUGGUGCCCCUCCCCUCUGUGGUGACCAGCCCGCGGGACAUGGCGCUCGCYGCCGUCAUCUGCAGCGCUCUGGCGACGGUCCUGCUGGCGCUGCUGGUUCUGUGUGUCAUCUACUGCAAGAGGCAGCUGCUGGAGAAGAAGCCCGGCGCAGUUUCUCUGAGGUCCCAGGACUGUCCUUACAUCGGGGCGGAGCUUUCCUGCCUGGAAGCCCGCUGGCUCCACGACUUUCCCCAGAGACCCUGCUGCCAGUGUCAGCUGGGCCCCGAAUACAGCUGUGGUCCGGUUCACCUGAUUCCAUCUCUGUGCUGCGAUGAKAGCUGCAGUCUGGGUCGCAGUCAGGACAUCAGCCCCUUCCAGUCGCAGACGAGUCUCAGUGACGGAAACACAAACCUGAACAAAGAGGUGACCCAGAGGAAGCUGGAGGACCGCCCAGAACCGGACUGUGACUGGGGAGACGUUGGGAUAAGAGGACCUUUUGAAUAUUUUGGGCUCCCUCGGCACAGCGAUGAACCUGUAGAAAGACUGGAAGGAGAGGAAGAGGAGGAGCCAACGUCAAAGGAGAAUUCAUUAGAGAGGAGCGAGAGUUGUGGCGCCGACGACGUCGCGACGGACGCACUUCUUCCCAAACACAUCCAGACGCAGGAGGGUGAGCGGACACAGAUUAAAYUGUGCAUCACACAGAGGAUCCAGGAAACUGAGAAAAGAUGACGUGGAUUUCUUUGGCUUGUGUUCCACGCUGGACCCAACAGCUCAGAUUACUCACUUUUCUCUCUCCCUACACACACACACACACACACACACACACACACACACACACACACACACACACACAC